AUGAGCGAGCUGACGCCCAAACCGACUGGGCCCUUGAACUAUGAAGAAAUUCGCUUGGCCCGAGAGUUGUUGCUUCGCGCCCUGAGUCAUGGACAGAUGGAGAUUUGGACCCCGAUCGUUGAAGAACUUGGGAAGAACCAGGGCCCAGCCUCGCAGACGUCGCAGGCGUCCAAGGCGGAAUGGAUCCCAAGAGUUGUGUGUGGGAAGCUGGAGACAGGCACUUUGCGUGGGAGCCGAAAACGAAAAUUUGAGAAAACAGUGGCUGCUGCAGAGGCAAGUCGAAAAGACAAGGUUUUACUCUGGAGGAAGUUCGCUCGCGGGAAAGGAAAGCAGGCCUGGCCCAAGGUUCACCGCGUGAACUUCGCACAGCUCAAGGGGUGGCUGAAGGCGCGCCGUCUGUUCGACUGCUUUGCCUUGCGGCGGUUGAAGCGAACGGAUUUUGCAGAUAUGCGCUUGUCUCUCGCUGCUGGGGUCCGGAUCCUUUGGGGAAGCUACAGAAAUGUGACAGCACCAGUGAGUGCUGAGACAUCUGGGUGGCUACCUGCAUAUCAUGGCACUUGGUUCUAUGGACUUUGGAGCAUCCUUCAUCAUGGUAUUUUCCUGGAAUCCACCAAUGAGGGCAGAGGUCAUGAAUUCUGGGCGCCGGGCGUCUACGUCACACGGCGCUUUGAGACGGCUAGGGAAUACGCGCGGCCGCAUCAGCUCUUUUCGGACGGGACCUUCUACCGCUGCGUCGUGAAGGUUCGGUAUAACCCUCAAGAAGUGCGGAAACAAAGAUCCAAGGGUGGAGAUCAGGUGGUGGUUCCAAGUUGCGCAGUGGUCAUUGAAGGAGUCUUCUUCUGCGCGAACGAUCCCCCAACGAAAGGGGAGGAACGCUUUGAAGAUUGGCAAGAUGAAUUGGAAGUGAUUCCAUAUGGUAUUGAAAGGUUCGGCAUUGAUGAGAAGAUCGAAUUGGAGAGAGAUUGCGCUGGGCAGAAAGACGAUGAACUGCAGGAAGAACGCAGGGGCACAGCUGCCCAGACUUCACCAGAGAAACUUCUUUCUGCCGACCUGCCGUGUCAGCCGAAGCGCCGUGCGCGACGCGCGCGACGUGCGCAACGUCGUGCCGGAGGUGGAACAGGGGACGUUGGGUGA